AAGAAAGGAAAGCAUAUUAUCCUGGUCCCGUUAGAAGACUCGUCAGUAAGGCUUUUCUAGCAAGCCCUGCGUUAAGAGAAUUCAUCUGCCAGCGAACACCGGAGAUAGCUCUCACAGUUGGCAUCUCUUACCGGAAGGUAUCCAUCUGGUGGUGAGCGCAGGAGGCGGCACCCCACAUCUGUCACCUUUUUUCAGGAGAGCAAAAUUUUAUUAUAGAUGAGACGUUCGUUUGGUUUGUCGAAAGAAAGUGUUUUGAAGGUCUCCUUUAGUUUCCUUUCAUAAAAUACUUUUCGAAAAGUAACAAAUUUCAACGAUACGUAAUCAUCGACGUAACAUUAACACAAUUAUGGAUUUGUUGGGAUCUAUUAUGAAUUCUAUGGAUAAACCUCCUACAGUCAGUGAUAAACAAAAAGCAUUGAUGAGAAAACAGAAAGAAGAAUAUCAGAAGCAGCAAAAAGCAGAAGCUGAAAGAUUAAAAAUAUUUCGUGAAAAGGUAGAAACAAAAAUGAAUAAGUUUCUUCAAGAUGACAGUAUUAAGGAAUACAAGUUCCCACCGAUGGAUCAGAUUCAUAGAAGUAUAAUACACGACGUUGCCGAAGUCGCAAAUGUGUGGGCAUAUUCCUUUGGAGAAGAUGGUGUGGAUCGGCACAUAAUGAUCUUUAAAAGGGAACAUGCACCAUCAGAAGAUCAGCUGAACGCAUUACGCAGAGGUGAAGAAUGGAAUGACAAAAUAGCUAAGCGGGUUGCCGAAGAGAAAGAAAGACGAGCCAAAGAAGAAAUAGAAAAUGCAAAAGCCAAGAAACGAAAAGACAACUUUGUACCUAAUAGUUAUUAUAAGGAUAAGUAUCAACACUUAAUAGGGAAGGAAGCAGCUCUAGAGGCAGCCAAGAAAACAGAAGCUAACAGCAGUUAUGGUUGUGUUCCCAGUGAAAACAAGAAAGAUCAAAGAAGUAUAGAACAAACAUUGGCAGACAUUCGUGCAAAGAAAAGAAAAUUAGAAGAAAAUGGAAACACUGAGAAAGAAAUAAUUAAAAUGGUUACAAAUCUCGACAACAAGGAAAUUAGACACGAUGCCGAUCAGCAAAACAUCCAUUCUGGUGGUGGUUCGAACAAUUCUGAAUCUACGUCGUCUGUACCUGGAAAACCAAAAUGGACCAUUACGAAAAUGUUGCGUAGACAAGCAAGACUUCGAAGGGAAUAUCUGUAUAGAAAAUCUGUUCAGGACAAGUUGAAGAGUAUACAAGAAAAGAAAGAAAAAUUGAAACGAAGUUUAGAAGAGAAUAUACCGAUACAUCCAGAUCUUAGGAAGGACGCGUUACGUGUACAGAAAAGUUUGGAAUGGGAAGAUGCUGGACCAGAAAUGGCUGUUGCUAUGGGCACCGAAAUGGGUGGAACUUUAGGCUCUCACGAGGAUGACGAAUACAGGUGGGCUGGAGUAGAAAAUCCGAAAAUUGUAAUUACCACUUCUCGUGAUCCUAGUUCCAGAUUGAAGAUGUUUGUUAAGGAAUUACGCCUAAUAUUUCCUAAUUCCCAGAGAAUGAAUCGUGGAAAUUAUGAAAUGAAGCAGCUCAUACAUGCUUGUAGGUCAAACGAUGUUACAGAUUUUGUAAUCGUACAUGAACACAGAGGAGUACCAGAUUCCCUGGUCAUCUGUCAUCUUCCGUACGGACCUACUGCAUAUUUUACAAUAUCAGAUGUUGUUAUGAGGCAUGAUAUACCAAAUAUUGGAACAAUGUCGGAACAAUAUCCUCAUUUGGUUUUUCAUAACUUUCAAACAAAGUUGGGAGAAAGAGUUGCUAGUAUUUUAAAGUACUUGUUCCCUGUGCCUAAAGAAGAUAGCAAAAGAAUAAUUACUUUUGCCAAUCACGAUGAUUACAUAUCUUUUCGCCAUCAUACUUACAAAAAAUUAAAUGGGAAGGACAUAGAGUUAACUGAAGUAGGCCCAAGAUUUCAAUUGAAACUCUAUGAAAUUAAACUAGCUACAUUGGAUGUGGAAGCAACUGCCGACAUAGAAUGGGCUUUAAGACCUUAUAUGAAUACUAGCCAUAAAAGAAGAUUUUUAUCCAAUGAAGAUGGGUGGCAGCAAGAAGAUGAUAUAUAAAGAAACUUUAAUCUUCAAAAGAUUCAUUGAACUGAAUAAAUUUUCAUAUAUUGUAUAUACAUUUAUUGAAUCUGACUGUAUGAAAUAAAUAAUUUUUGUAUGCAUUUA